UUUCCGUUUAGUUCGCUUUAGUAGCUCAUUCAGUUCAGAUCAACAGCUCUGUACACCGCCCUGACCUGACCAAGGCUCUCAGAAAUUGACGAUCUGAUGCAGUGCACCGGCGGAGUGGACAAGGAGAUGGAUAAGGAGAUCCCCGAUAGCACUAAUCGCCUGCUGCAGUUCACCAACUGCCGUUUGAUACGUGAUCAUAAGUACGUCUACGACGAUCUUUGGGUACGGAAUGGCCGUAUUGUGAAUCCGGAGCCCGUCUUUUUCGACGAACAGGUCAAGGCCGAUUGCCAGAUCGACUGCGGUGGCAAUCUCAUUGCACCCGGCUAUAUUGACCUCCAGAUUAACGGUGGCUAUGGCGUGGACUUUUCCUUCGACACGGACACGAUCGAGCAGGGCAUUGACACGGUGGCUCGCGGUCUGGUCAAAAGCGGCGUCACCUCAUUCUGUCCCACGCUGGUGACAUCGCCGGUGAAAACUUACCAUACAAUACUGCCACGCAUUCCCCAAAGUGUUCCAAAUGGAGCUGGAAUCCUGGGGAUACAUGCCGAGGGUCCCUUUAUCAAUCCACAGAAAAAGGGAGCUCAUUCGGAAAACUGCAUACAGACUAUUGACGAGGUAAGUCAUAUCGAUCUAUAUAAGAUCUUUUACCAUAUUUUAUACUUUUAUUUCUGCCCAAAGGGACUAAGCACUGUAGAGCGUACAUACGGCUCCUUGGAUCGCAUUAAGAUUAUCACCCUAGCGCCAGAGAGGGUCAACGAUCUAGAGGUGAUCCAACAGCUGACGGAUCGUGGGAUAACCGUGGCUCUUGGCCAUUCAAUGGCCACUCUUCGCGAUGGAGAGCGUGCCGCAGUUCGGGGAGCCACACUGAUCACGCAUCUGUUCAAUGCUAUGCUGCCAUUCCAUCACCGCGAUCCCGGCCUUGUUGGACUCCUCGCCUCGGACGAAACACCGCACACUAUCUACUUUGGCAUCAUUGCGGAUGGUGUACACACGCAUCCGGCGGCGCUGAGAAUCGCCUAUCGAACGCAUCGUCUGGGCCUGAUUCUGGUCACGGAUGCCAUCUCGGCUUUAGGACUGGAAGAGGGUAUCCAUCAUAUUGGCCAAUUGCCAUUGCAGGUUAAGGAGGGCAAGGCAUAUAUCGCCGGCACGAGUACCCUCUGUGGAAGCAUUGCACCGAUGGACGAAUGCGUUCGAAUCUUCCAAAAGGCCACUGAUUGCGAUCCUAUCUAUGCCAUUGAAGCGGCCACAUUACAUCCGGCAAAGUGCUUGAAGAUUGAAAAGACAAAAGGAACUCUGGACUUUGGCUCAGAUGCGGACUUUAUAAUUCUAGACGAUCAACUCCAUGUGCUAUCCACAUGGAUAGCAGGGAAAUGUGUCCAUCAGACUGCCCAAUAGUGCAUCGAAUGUACGAUUGUUAUGUGGUUUCUGUUUUUAUAUAACCUUUUACCUGAUCCAGAAUGUAUUCAAUACCGAAGAUUCUCCAAUUAUAUUUCUAAAUGUAUGCAUUCCACGAGGAGAUAAUGAUUAAAAAUCAUAAAUUUCCUUAAAA